AUGUCUGCCACUAUUCCAACUCAACGCCACGGUCUUCCUCUCUUGGCCACCCCCGAGACUUGUGCAGGGCGGACCUAUAUUGUGACCGGCGCCAAUAGCGGACUGGGUUUGGAAGCAGCGAGGCACCUUGCCAAUGCUGGUGCUACAAAGGUAAUCCUCGCGGUGCGCAAUAUCACCGCCGGUGAGAAGGCGAAAGACGGCAUCGAAACAUCUACAGGAAAGACCGGUGUGGCUGAGAUUUGGUCGCUCGAUCUUGCUAGCUAUGACUCUGUCAAGGCGUUUGCGCAGAGGGUAAAAACAAAGCUUGAUCGAAUUGAUGCUGUCGUUGAGAAUGCGGGCGUGGCAUUGUCGCAGCGGGUAGAGGCGGAGGGCCACGUCUUACCUGUCACUGUUAAUGUGCUAAGCACGCUUCUCCUUGCGGUGCUCAUCUUGCCAAAGAUGAGAGAUAGUGCCCGCCGCCACGGAACUAUACAUCGCCUGGUGUUCGUUACCAGUGUUACUGGGUUCGAUUGCCAGGAAGCAUGGAGGAAUAUUCAUGAAGCACCACUGGCUAAGAUGGAUUCCGAGGAUAUGAACAUGAUGGAGCUAUACCCACUUACCAAGCUGAUGCUAACUAUGGCGGUUCGUCAUCUGGCAGCCUUAACCCCCGUGGAUCGUGCCGGUGUUGUCAUAAACCUAGUCUGUCCUGGGCUGUGUAAGACCGCGAUGAGCCGUAACGCACCAGCUGAAGUGCAGGAAAACGUCGCCGAAUUUGUUGCAAAGUGUGGGCGGACUGCAGAGGACGGUAGCCGCACGCUCCUCCAUGGAGCUGUGGCUGGUAUAGAGAGCCACGGAUGUUUUCUUUAUUCUUGUCAAAAUGGAGAGUAA